AUGGAAAAGUGGCGCACCGCAAAGGCGCAGAAGCAGGCUGAGAUUGAGCACCUGAACGGGAAGCUGCGCCGCGUGUGUGCCGCCAUCGAAGACGAAAAGAGCGCCUCCGAGACGAAGAUUCGUGAGUCCCAGGAUGAGCACGAGGCGGAGCUGCGGGCGGCGCGCCGGCGCGUAGAGCAGUCUGUGAAGUCAGAGUAUGACGCCAAAAUUGCGGAAGCCCAGCAGAAGCUGUGUGCGGCGCGAAAGGAGGAGGCGUCCCUUCGCGAGCUGCUAGGGGAGAAGGACGCCGGCGGCGGCAAUACGGCAGGGACAGCGAAGGAUGUGGUGAACACGGCUCUCACGGCUGCCGUCUCUGCCGUUUUGCGUCGACUCGACGAUGCAUUCCAGUCAGAAGAAGCGGAGGGACUCAAGAUGGACGUGUGGAGGUCGGAGCUUCAGUCACUCGUGCAGCACGAGGUUCAAACCUCCUUCGCUGUCGGUGUGGAGAGCGAAACCCAGACAGAACGAACGGAGUACGCACGCUUCUUUGAUGAUAUGCUGGCGUUCUGGAGGUCCGCAGAGGACCAGGAGAGGGAGAGAUUGCUCAAGAUGGAUGAGUCGUUGCUAACCGAUGUGCAGGCCAUAGCGCACCAGGAAUUGAGGCAGCUGCAGGACGAAGCACUGGCCAUGGAACGUGUGUACAUUGAGUCGCGUGAGGCCUGGGCGGUGGAGCACCAGCGACUCCUCCAACGCGAGCUGGAGUCCACGCUGCAGCGUCGGGAGGUCGAGCUGCAGGAGCUGCGCCGGCAACGGCAUAGCCUCCACCUAGAGCGCCUCCGUGAUGCUGAGGCACGGCACAAGGACGCCAUGGCCAGGGAGGAGGCGCUGCACCAGCAGCAGAUGGAGCAGCUCCAGGCUUACUUUGGCCGCGAGGAGGAUCUACGCACGGAGCAGCAGCGGGUCCAGGCGGCUGCGCAGGAGGACGUGGCAAAGUCGACGGCCCUCUUGCGCGGUGUCAUGGCCACUGCUGAGGAUGCCGCGGCAGCAGUGAAAGCGUAUGAGGCGACGGUGGACGAGGCCCGACGGCGCGUUGAAGUAGAGCGUGAGGAGCACUUCAAAGAACAAACAGAGGUACUGAAGCGCCUCCAAGAGCUUGCGGCGACGCAGUGCAGCAACACUGACGCGGAGCGUACUGCACUCGAGGACUGCGCCUCGCAGCUGCGCCUCGCUUCCCAAAAUCUCCAGCGUCACCUGCAAGACGAGAGCGCAUGGUUAACGCAGCAGGAGACGACGUACAAGCGCAGUAAAGACGACUGGGAGCGGGAGUAUCGUCGCUGGCAGCACCUUGUGCAGCAGGAGCGCCAGGCCGCCGAGGAGCGUUUUCACGAAGCUCUGCUGGCGCUGCAGCAGAGCAUCAGCCUUCUUGAUACGGAGGAGCGCGAGGUGGCGGUCGAGACCGCUGCGAUGCACCGUUGCUUUGGGGAUAUGGAGGCGCUAGCGACGAAAGAGAUCGAGUUACUGCGACGGCGAGCGGCCGACCUGCAGAGCCGAUCCGCCACCAUAGCGGAGAUGCAGGCACAUCUUUCCCAGAAGAAGGCGGCCAUGGCGGAGGCGAAGAAGCAACUCGCCGAUGCACAGCAGCGUCUGGAGGAGGAGCAGGCUGAGCUUCGCCUUGACGAAGAGAGGCUGCGCGACAUGGAGGAGGCGCUGCGCGUUGCUCACUCGCAGGCGGCGCUACGCAACUAUAACAUCGAGCUACUCCGCGCAGCCGAUGCCCAACCGUCACGACAACGGGCUGCUGCGGUAGCAGCGACCGCGAUAGAUGCAGAUCAAUACCCACCCAACCACGCUGAGGGGUCAGGCUCUGCACGCCCUCAAGCAUCACAUGGAGAGAAAAAGCGUAAAGUGGCCGCUCUUGGUGGCCCCGCGUCUGCCAAAAAACGAAAGGACCUUCACGAUCCUCAUCGCCUUCCCAACAGAGUACUUCAAGAACUACGUGAGCAGCUGAAUGGACUCGAGACUAUCAUCGCCGACGGCGCCGGCCGCAAUGUCUUCGUGCCGACGAUGUGCUGGGGUAUUCCCGCACCGCCACGCGCGAUGGCGGUGCAACGAACCCGAGAAGCCCACCCAAGGCGGCAUAAGGUGGUCGAUAGCGCUUUUGCCGCCGACGCGCCAGCGCCACUCUCUGCCCCUCCGUUCUCUGGCCACCAGCCGCACACCCGUCGCGAAGUGCGCAUUCAUGCACAGCCGGCAGCCACAUCGCAGAACGGGCGUCACGCCGACCCGUCGUCGCUGCCACUUACGCCAGACACCUUGUCUCAGUUGUCUCUGCGCGUCGAUGAGGACUGCUCACCGAGUGGCAACACGUUCACAAACCUCAUUGACUUCUCCGACCUCGAUACUACGUCACAGUCGAUUCUGUAA